UUUAAUAAAGCAUAAUUUAUCUUCAUUACUAAUGGAAGGUCCUCACAAAGAUAGUAGGACAAACGUGUUGUGUGUGUGUGUGUGUGUGUGUGUUUUGAACUAGUGUUUGUUUAUUUUAUCUCCACGCCACAUGUCCAAGGGUCAGCGUGUGAAGUCUCACGUGUGCGCGCCAGGCUGUCUAUGCUGAGGUGACGGGAGCGCGCACGAAAACCGAAAACGGUGGGCGUGGCCAAAGAAAAAGAGCCGUGCGUUUCCUGCCGGAAGGAGCACGUGCUUCCGUGAGAGGUCCCUCUGUCAAGUCGGUGCGCCUUGUUGUAUGUGUGUGUAUGUAUGUGUGUGUGUGUUUGUGUGUGUAUGUGUGUGUGUGUGUAGCCCUUUAAAUCGCGCCCACACUGCGAGGCUUUCACGGUGUUUGGGGUUUUUUUUUUGUUUUUAUUUUGUUUUGGUUUGUUUUUUUCUUCUCACUCCCGGUAUCCCUCGCGCAUAGCGUUCAGCGGAACCCGCACGCGCUCGGAUUGAGCAGGUCUGAAGCAGGGUCAUGACGCUAGAAGCGAUCCGGUACCGGGCCGGGUCUCUGCAGAUCCUCAACCAGCUGCUGCUGCCGCGCGAGACGGUGUACGAGGAGAUCCGCUCGGUGCAGGACGGAUACGAGGCCAUCAAGAGCAUGAAGGUGCGCGGCGCUCCUGCCAUCGCCAUCGUGGGCUGCCUGAGCCUGGCAGUGGAGCUGCGGGCGGGCGCCGGGGGCGAUGACCCCGUGUCCUUCAUCAGGGAGUCUCUGUGUCACCUGACCUCAGCACGACCCACCGCUGUCAAUAUGGGGCGAGCAGCGCGAGAGCUGAUGGAGUUCACUGAGAACGAGAGCAUGGAGAAAGGCGGAGAGCAACUCAGAGAAAGCGUAAUCGGUUGGAUUGAGGAAAUGCUGGAACGAGAUGUGAAUGAUAACCGGAAGAUUGGUAACUAUGGCGCCCAGCACAUCCUGUCCGGAGUGCCGAGAGACUCCGUCACCAUCCUCACACACUGCAACACGGGCAGCCUGGCCACCGCUGGAUAUGGAACCGCUCUCGGUGUGGUGCGGUCGCUGCACGCUCUGGGUCGUCUGAAGCGAGUGUAUUGUACAGAGACGAGGCCGUAUAAUCAGGGAGCCAGGCUUACAGCAUACGAGGCCGUGGCCGAGGGCUUCCCUGCUACACUCAUCACAGACAGCAUGGCCGCUCUCGCCAUGAGGGAGAAAGGCAUCACAGCCGUCGUUGUCGGGGCAGAUCGGGUCGUCGCUAAUGGUGACACGGCCAACAAAGUUGGCACGUACCAGCUGGCCAUUGCUGCAAAGCAUCAUGGGAUACCGUUCUACGUGGCAGCUCCCAGCACAUCAUGUGACCUGAGUCUGGAGAGUGGGAGAGACAUCGUGAUCGAAGAGAGACCUCCGGAGGAGCUCACCAGCAUCAACGGCGUCCCUGUCGCUGCUCCAGGUAUCGAUGUGUGGAACCCGGCGUUCGAUGUCACUCCUCAUCAGCUGAUAACGGGUGGGAUCAUCACCGAGCUCGGUGUGUUUCUGCCGUCUGAGCUGCAGGCCGCUCUCACCGGCCGUCUCACCGCGCUGUAGAGGCCACGCCGCCCCCCGCAGGGCACAGUGUGUUACUGCACCUUCACUACCACCCUACAGCUCACACCCUCAUUCCCAUUACUUCCCACAGGGUGGAAAUCUCACCUCCUUUAAACACACACACACACAUGAAGUAUGAAAUGAAAAUUACACCACAAUGAUACAUUUUCACAGUCGUACAACAACCGGAACGCUUAUAAAUCACACCCGCACAUACACACGUACGCACAGACACAUAGUCACCAACCACCUUGUUUCAAGUCUGUGUGUAAUGUAGCUUUCAACAGUGUGUGUUCUCUGUUUCUGUGAUUAUUCUUUAAAUGCCCUUCCCUUUCCUCCUUCCUCGCUCAGCUCCAGUCCUUACUGAACGGUGGAUUACCGAGCGCGGCUCUAGCGAGGGCAUCUCGUUUUAUAAUAGACAUUUCAGAAGUAAUAACGAUAAAUUAAUAAUUCAGUUCAUUGGUGAAUGUCUUUCUUUUAAAGCGUUAAUUGAUGGAUUAGCAAAUUAGCUUAGAAUUCGAUUUUAGCUCGAUAAAAUAAGGGCUAUCCAGUAGUGUACAAAAUCAGCCUCGACGUCUGUAAUCGCAGCUGAACUCAAAGACCGUAUGACCCAUUAAUCAGAUAUUGUAAUGUUACAUUUUUUUUAGAUAUCUUGGAUACACAAAAUGAACACACACACACACAUAAUGUGUGUGUAUAUUAGUUCUAACUUUAGUUUAAUCUAAACUAAGCCUGAAAUCAACAUUGAAAUAAUAAUAUAUUAAAAGUAAUGUGACUGCUGAUUGCUUUGGUGUUUAUUUAAUAAGGAUUAUGCACUAAACCAGUAAUAAAUAUACCUGCUAGGAAACUAGGGCAGUUAUUUCCACGCAAAGCUCAUAGGGAGCGUCCUCACAUCCACACCCGUCAGUCAUUCUCUGCCAGUAUUACGGUUAAAAACGCAAACAAAAACUAGCGGAUCAGUAUAAAUGCUAAUACAGAACAGGAUCUCAUCCAGGAACUGUGCUGUUCUUCAGUUCCUCAGAAGGUCCAGGAUCCACAGAGCUCCGUUUUCUAAUCGGUGCAGAUCCGAUAUUUGAAGCGCUGAUAGGAAAUCUUCAUGUAUUACGGUCUGUGUAUGUUGCAUUCAUUUGUUUUGUUUUUUUUAAAUUUGAAAAUGAAAAUGGGGGGAAAAAAAGAACAAGGUUUUUCAUGGCACACACAAAAAAUGGAAAAUUAAUUUUUUUCCAUAAAAUUAUUUUCAAAUAAUAAACUAUUGACUUGUUUUUGUUUCUAUUUGUUUCACCACACAAAGUCAAAUAUUCAUAAAUCCAAGUAUACUUCAUCUGUUCUGGUAAAGAUGUGUAACUUUGGGACCUUAUUCUGUUUUCAUAAAGGAUAUGAUAAAAACAGGAUUAGCAUCUGUAGAAAUUAAAAUAUUCUUAAAUUACAGCACCUGGAAAAGUUCAGACUUUCAUGUCGUGCUCCUUCACCGACAUGCUCUCGCUGUUUUUAACACCACGUAGUGAUCAGUAUUAUCAAUACCUCAGGAGCUGAAGCUGAUCUGCAGUCUGUAAAUGUGGAUUAAUUUCAGCCUAAAAAUGAAUCUGAAAGGGUGAAAAACAAGCAGAGAUGAAAUAUCACAGCUUUUUUGUGAUUUUUUUGUUUUAAAGACAAAAAUUUUAGCGUCUCGUUUUCAUAUAGUUGUACAUCUUGAAAUGAAAAAAAAAGAAUGAACGCAACGUACACUGACCUGUUAUACACACCUCCUGCUAAUCCACGAUGAGCUAAAACACUACUACACACUUUCCUCCUCAUCUGCAUGGAAAAUAUUUAAUGUUACAUGUUUUGCCUCUAAACAAACUAACAGCAAGUCCAUUUUAGAACAGAAAUUACCCAGAAUGCCAUUGUGGCAAUUAAUUUACAAACCCAACGUGUGUAGUAACAGUAUUGUUCUCAACUGAAAUUUAAAGUAGACCAAGCUCUUGAGUUUUUAUGGAGCCCCACACAUGACAUGCAGGUUAAAAUAUAUAUAUAUAUAUAUAUAUAUAUAUAUAUAUAUAUAUAUAUAUAUAUAUCUACACACACACACACACACACACACACACACAGUUCUGUGCAAAAGUCUUAGUCACAUGCAAAGAAAUGCUGUAGAGCAAAGACACCUUCAAAAAUAAUGAAAUUAAAUGUUUCUACAUUAAAAAAAUACUAUAAAGAGCAGUAAACAGUAAUAAAUGAAACAAAGUCAGUAUUUAAUGUGACGAUCCUUCGCUUUAAAAUAAACCAGUAUCUCAGGUGCAGUGUGUGCAGUUUUAUAAGGAAAUGAUCUGUAAGUGUUACUGAGCAUCUUGCGCCAAGACUUUUGCACAGUACUGUAUAUAUCAUGGCCAUGUUUUGUUUUAUUAAUUCGUUCCCUUGUUUUAGGUAAAUGUGUUCGAGUUAACGAAUUAAUAAAACACGCUUAUGUGUUAAUAAGUCGUGGAAUAUAUAUGUAUAUAUAUAUUUUUCCCGCAUGUCAUGUGCGAGGCUCUGUACGUUUUCCUAAUAUGGCUUUUUUUUAUUUUUAAUUCUCACUGAAAUGCCUGAACUGUCCUUUAACGCUAACCCAGUUCUUUGAGAUCGUUAAAUCUUAUCUAAAUGGGUAGAUAGCUAGUGGUAGUCGUAGCUGGAGUGAGUAAACGGUGCUAUGGAGCUAGACGUUACACUAUACCUCACUAGAUUACCCAGAAUCCUCUGUUCCUACUGCUUAUAAUUGCUUUUUUUUUUUUUUUUUUCCCUCAGUGAAGUGCAGGACUAUGUGAUGUCUCACCAUAAACGCAUGCACAUACACACGUAGGAGGAAACUCGCAAUCCAGCCAGGGCCUUUACUCCUUAUACAGGAUGUGAAUGAAGCUAAUGUUGUAGAUCGCUAGCAUGUAGCCAUUAAAUCAUGUGUCAGGUCAGAGUGAUGGUGAAAACAAGACGAAUCAAUUGGGAAUGUCGACAUUUUCCUCAGAUGUGUUGAUAAAUUACUAAGAAAAGCUUCUUAUGGCUAAUAUUAGUGCGUAAUUUCCUAAUUUUAGCCUCAAUCGCUAACCGAACUCUCACUCGUUCCACCAUAUUGGGGAAAAAAAGAGUAACAGUGCAUCACAAAUUGUGUAAAUUGGAUCAGAAAAAUUCUUCUGAAGUACUAAAUAGUACAAUAGCGAAUAAACACAGCAAACGCUUAACCACAUUUAAAAGCAGCACAUAUGAUGAGGUGAUUAGCAUGAAUGAAAUAUUUAACGAUGCUAACAGAAGGUUGAAGCUAAUUUUGCCUUUUAAAUGUUGUCAUGCUAGCUAGCAACAUUAGCUUUUUUCAUUCUUAGGCCCCCAAGCCAGCGAUGAAUGUCUUAACGGUUAGCAGGUGCAUGAUGAUAAUCGGUAGCGUUGGUGUUUUGGGCGUACGAGCUCAGUAAAAGCCGAUCCUGAUUGUGUCUCCGUGUUGCUGAAUGUAGCAGAGCCAGUUCUCUUCACUGCCACCAGCACAAGUGUUUGAGCACGUCCCGGUACCAUUGCCAUUACCCGUUACCAUAGCAACAAGGAGAUCAAUGUCUUAAGGAAAAGACAAAAAAAAUAAAAUAAAAAAUGAUGAAAGGAUUGAAAUGAUUUUUUUUGCCAUAAAAUAAACUGGAAGUUCAGAUAGGCUGUGAAUUAUUGUGUUUUUUUUUUCCUUCUUUAUCUCAAAAUGUUGCCAUUAUUUAAUUUUUCUUAUGAUUUGCUUUGGGCACUUUUUAUGGCGGUAAAGUGAAAGUUUUCUAGGAAUGUUUUUGGAUGGUUUGCACUACAUCGCAUUAUUAUCCACUUUAUCAAUAUUAUCAAGCAAUAAUUUAAAAGUUGUCCCAUUUUUUUUUUUUUUCCCUUAUGUAUGACAAGCUAACGAUGUAGUUAACUAGCUAGUCGUUAAAAGUCAUUUAUCUGGACAAUGUGAAGGAGGAGUGAUGGUGAAAACAAGACAAAUCAGUUGGGAAUAUCAACAUUUUCCUCGGAUAACUUGAUGAAUUGUUAAGUUAAAGCUCCGUUCAGCUGAAUUUAUAGGUUCUGCCAUUUAAAAAAAAGGUCAACAUGUCUUUUCUUUUAGAGAAUAGAGGAAAAACGAAUGGAUGGCUUGUCUGGAAAGGAAAUGUAGCAUGAUGUAAUGAAUUAGUCAAAACAUCUGUGUGUGUGUGUGUGUGUAAGUCAGUCGUAUCAUCGCUUGCAUCAUCAGAAUACAUCUGGAUUAAGUUUCCCAGUGUUCAAAUCCGAGAAUGUGAUCCUUGAGCUGACAUUUCUACAGUACGUUGUGGUUUUAUUGUUUUUAGAAAACAAUAUGUCUGUAUUAGGUUUCUUUUUUUUUUUUACUUUGUAUAGAAAAAUAUACACAAAACUGUAGCAAAUAUGUGAUCAUCCAGGAGUUCACUAGAUUUCAUUGACUCAAAAGGUACAAGGUUUGUAUAUUUCACGUUCACUAUUGUUUAGCUGAUUUUAAUGUUAUAUAUACGGUAUACACACACCAAGUUGCCAGGUUCUGGGUUCUCGUGUACCUUGUAGCUACACGUAUUGUCCAUGUUUUUUUUUUCCAGAUAAACCUUACAGGUCACUUUGUAGGUGUAAAACUACUGACUGUAUUCAGGAGCAGACCUGAUAAACUGGCAAUUCAGUGUGUAAAUAUAAUCUGUAUGCUGUAUAUCUAUGACUUGUGGUUGUUGGUGAUGAAAUUUGUUUAAAGGCUGUAAUGGGAAGGCCUUCUUCACACACACACAGCACGUCUUCAUACACCAAAUAGCACGUCUUGGACAUCCACGUGAGCCAUGUGCCAAUAAUCAGCUACACGAUAUUUUAUGAUAUAUUCGUCACUCAUUGUGUUGUCAAGUUCCUGAAGUCAGGCUCGAGGCUUUGAGGCAAUUUGUCUUUUAAAAAUUAAAAAUGAAUUUAAUCUUAUACCAGUCCUGUUGUUUUUUUUUUCUAGUAGAGAAAAAUCACAUAUAAUCAUUUAUCGGUCUCUGUCAAGGAAAUCUGAGCUGGAAUUAAAACAAGGAUAUGAUAAAGUCAUAGCGAUUGUAGCGUGGUCCUUCGUAAGUAAGUGAUGCCAAUCGACUCCAUGCUCCAAACCAAUCAGAGCACAGCUUGCUGCUUUUUUGACCAAUGGGAAGCGUGCUUUGGUGAACGACUGCGUGAGUUUGAAAAGACCUCCCCAUAUAUGAUAUUUAUUCUCAUUUAUUAUAACCGAUCAUCACAGCUAGGUUCUGUUUUGUAUAAUGUGGGAAAAGAUCGAGGAGAAAAAAAAACGCAUUUGAUUUUUUUUUAUACAUAUAUAUAUAUAUAUAUAUAUAUGAAUAUAAUACUGUAUACAGCUUACAUAUACUACAAAACGUCUCUUUCACAUCAAUACAAUAAAGAAGCAAUGCAUUUCUGGAGUCAUUUA